AUGAUGUAUUCGAAUAAACGCAAAUCAUGUAUAAGUCCUCAAUUGGAAUGGUUGAACGAGUUAAGGUUUGCCGCGGAGUUGGAGACUAUGUCAGUGUUAUUCGCAAAGUCUGUAGCCGAAUCUCGAGGGUACAUUAAACUGUUCAUUGGGUAAGAAAGCGUUAUAAGAAUCGAAAUGUGUCUUUAUAAUAUCGAGACGUGGCCUUCAAGCAGCAGAUCCCCUUUUUCAGCCAUCAACAUGAUCCCAUUAAUGAACGACGGAAGUCUCGUUGCAUUGCUCGAUUGAUGCCAUCAAACCCAGUCGAAGAUCUCCCAGAUUCCAAUCAUAAAUCAUUGAUAUCCGUCCCUUCCACAUCCUGUGAAAGUCUGAAUGUUCAGGAAACUCCCGAAGAAGAGGUUGAAUUUGGAAAUUCCCUUCCAAGCGAAGUUCUGUCAAAUACAAGAGUAAGAAUACACGGUGGUUCACUCAGAGCUUCCAACUACAUCCUCCCUGAAGAUGCAUAACAAGAUUUGAGGCCUACAUUGCCCAAGCAAACAACUUUCAUUCGGUUCUCACCUGGGGUCAAAAAAAAUUUUUUGAGCAUCUUUCGGCAAACCAAACAAUCGUACAAAAAUGACCCCCCCCCCCUCACCAUACCAUUUUAUGGCAAGACAAAAAAAUUAUUCAAAAAAAUCCGCCUUGGUCCCCCCCCCUUACAUUAUCAUUUUCCCUCAAGCUCGGUCUUCGCCCAGUUGCCCAUUUCUUAAAAGUUAGGUUCCCCUGUCUCACUGUCAAUUGAAAAUCAUUUACAGAUUUCGGGCUUCAAAAUUUGGAAUAUGUAAAAGGACAGUCCGCGGGUCCCUUGUAAACCAACAAUCUCCAAACUUGGUGUAUAAAAAGUGGGGUAUCACGGCUUUCAUUAAAAUUUUAAAUUUUAUAGAAAUUGGGAGAGAAAUACCUGAAAUAAGGCUGCAGCUCCGAGUAAACCGCCCUGUACAAUAAAAGUAAUCAAGACUCUUAUUUUUAGGACAGUAUAAAUAUUCCGCUGAUGAGAAGAAGACGAAAGAAGCCUGGAGUUUACAGACAUUCGAUCAGAGUAAAUGAUGGACCGGACAACAGGAUCUCCAUAAUCACAUCAAGGUAGGUCAGAGCCGAAAAGUCCUCAUAUAUUUUAGACCUGCCCCUUCAAUUCCUAAGAUCUUCACCUCAAUCCGAAACAUAAAAUCAUCCUCAAGUUCCAUUUCAAGUACCUCAGCCGACUCUGGCCAAUGCUCUGGCAAUUCUGGAGUUCAUGAAAAUGUAAAUCAUUUGGCCAGAGACUCCAACGGAAUAAUGGUUUCCUCUGCUUCUUCGGUUUUCUCAAAAGAGCAAAAGACGGCGCUGCCUAUGUACGCGAGAAUCGCAAAUUCUAUGGAUCAUGUUCUCCGCAUAGCGAGUACUGUAUUAACUCUAUUGGAUUCAAAUCUCUCGGACAAGAAGUUGAAAAGAGAACUGAUCCAGAAGACAAAGGUUUAUAUCGAGAUCACGAAACAAUCCCAAUGCGGCCCCUUUCUUCAAGACGAUGACUUCGAUCCCGUCUUGGCCAUAGUUCAAGAUCUAGAACAACAGAGAUUCCCGGAAGUCUAUGACAUAGUCCCCGAAUAUUUCAACAUCUAUGUCCGAAAGAUGAUCGAGCAAAGCAUGUCUGUAUUCGUGAAAGUAAUCUGCGUCUAUCUGAACGAUAGCUCGAACAAGGACAGGCUUCUAGUCAUUGCUCUGGAACAUAUGAUUCAUCUGCUUCUGUUUGGAGAUGACAUUUCUUUGGAGGCAAUUCGAGUAAGUCCAUUUGUGAUUAGUUAUUUUUAGAAGCAAAUAUAAAUUUUAAAUUCGGAAUGUAAGGCAUGCAAAUUAAUUAAAUUACUUACAGCAUAAGGCCGUCGAGAGACUUCUGGAGUUCUGUAGAUUGACGUCAACCCCAGCAGAAACCCUGAGGCUCUUGUUACGGGCUUUGGCUGUCUUGUGUGGAGUUAAUAAGGGAUGUGUUCAGUUACUUUCGGUAAGAUUUCAGAAUGAAAGUUGAUCUUUUUAGUUGGGUGGGUUGGAUACAGUACUCAACUUGUUAUGCAACAGCCCUUCUUUCUGUGCAGUAGAAGCAGCAGGUAUUCUGACUCAAUUAACGAAUGCCAAUCAUCCAUUCAUCCGACCACAAGGACUCGGGAAUAAUGUUGUUAAUAGGCUACUAGAUCUCCUAGAUGAGAGUAACACUUCUGAAUCCGUCCUUCUGUGUACUGCGGCCUUGGCCAAUCUCUCGAUUCAUGAUCAAAUUACGGAACUUUUAUAUCAGAAGAAUGCUGUAAUCAGACUCGUCCGGGCCUGUAAACGUCCAAAUUGCUCCAGUGCUUUCGUCUACGAACAAGUAAGUACCCUCGAAUAAAGCGUGCGCAUUACAAGGCGUCCCGAGAAAUUCGCGGGAAAGUUUUUGUCGAUUUCUUGGCACUCAGCCAAGAUCCCAAAAAGUUUCUUGCAGGAGAAAGAAGAAGCUGGGCGGUUUUCUGCCCAAACAAUACUCUCCGCCAACACGGAAGGUAGUGUAUUCGGCCAAGACUUUUGAUCGCUUUGUUGGUCAUCACAACAACCGCAACGCUUUAAUACUUAAGAUCUGGAUGGUUGAAAGAGGAUAUUUGCUUGAAUCAACCGUUCGACAAAGGUAUGGCGGGCGCUUACCAUAUGGGCCAUAACUCAGCUUCGGAUAACGAUACAAGGCUCGGAAUGCCCAACACCGUUCUUUUGCUUUGGCUUCCAUUCCCUGCUGAUUCCGUACCUUUCAAAAUUUUGUCGCCAAGCCUUGAUAGAAGUUUAGCCAUCGGCGACAGGAGCGUAGCUGAGAACUUGGUCUGGAAGCUGAAGCCCCCUAGCUACGCGAUUGAUCGGCGAACCACUUGGGGCAUCAGAAAACGAAGAAAUAUUUUUUGUUCAAACUUCUCUUUGCUGUGCUAUUUCAAACUUCCGCCGUAUGAGCAGAGAAAAAAAUCUCCACAGGGAAAGAGCUGAAAUUUAGGCAAUGUUACGCAAUUUGAGACAAGAAUUACGCAUUUCUUGUCUGGACAAGAAAUCAUGGUUUCUGGCCACGACACCCGAUUUGAUGCGUAUGUCACCAUCCUUAUAUCUUGAGCGCGAAGAAAUCGACAAAAACUUUCCGAUGAAUUCCUCGGACACCUUGUAUAAUUUUUUUCCGGCCAGACAAAAAAACCGCGAUUUUUUCUCGGUUUUCACAACGUAGCACAUGCCAGACAAAUAAUAAAUCUUUUUUUGGGCAGUUGGAAAGUAAAAUGCCCCCUUCACACACAAUUUUUUAGACUGUUGCCAUCUUUUCGCGCCUGGCACAUUGUGGUUACGAUCAGGCCCUAAUUGCACAGCAAGCCAUCCCACUACUGCUAAAAAUGAUGACAAUUACAUCUACUCAACAAAUAGAUCAUUACCGUCGAGUUCGAUAUAAGGCGGUUGUCUGUUUGAGCAGUUUAGCGUCCACAGGCAUCGGCCUGAAAGCCAUUUUUAAACAGCAAGGUCGGGAGAAGCUGAUCGAGGCCCUCAGAAGCGAGAAUGUUUCAAAGUCAGCUCCAUUCGCAUUACUCUGUCAAGGGGUCAAAAACAAGUUAGAAGAGACUUACUAUAAGAAUGAUAAAUAA